AUGGGAGGAUUCUCUCAGUCGAGAUUGUUUCUCGGCGAUGCUAUAUCGAUUGCAUCAACACCUUUACGGAAUAGUUUCGAAAUGAAUUGUCGAUCUCCUGCUACACCACGACGACCAUAUUCAAAUAACAAAGAUGGAGAUAAAGGAUUAUAUGACGAUGUCGAUCGAUCGAGAGGAAGCCCAAUAUAUGGUGAAUCGAAAUUUCUUCAAACACCGCGGAGUCAUCUGUCGACACCAAACGGUCGGGAAAACAUAAAAUCAAAAGAAUCCGAUGAUGAGGAUGAAAAUUUCGAUUCAUAUUCAGGUACUAAUUUAGUAUCACCAGCCGAAUCAUCAACCUUUCUCUCACGAACUCCAUUAUACAAUAUAGAUUCAAGCACGUCCGAAAUCGCCGAACCCGGUACCUUUCCCACCAUCAAGAUGAUAGUCGGCAAAACCGUCGGAGUAGGAAUCUACUCAACACCCAGCUCGAUUCUCCAAUCUGUAGGAAGCGUAGGGGCCAGUAUUGCAUUAUGGGUUAUCGGAUCUCUUAUCUCCUUCUGCGGUCUUGCAGUAUAUCUUGACUUGGGGACCGCGCUACCACGAUCCGGCGGCGAACGCAUAUAUCUCGAGAGGAUAUUUCGACAACCGAAAAUGUUGGCGACAUGCGUGGGAAAAAUGUUCUUCGUCCUCAUCGUAAUUCUCUCCGGACUUGCUGGUCUUCUCAUGCGCAUCGGAUCAUCUUCCUCCAUCAUUCCCCGUCGUCUCAAUCUCCUCUCCCCAGAAUACAUCCCCGGUGCCCUACAACAUCUCUCCACCGCCCAGAGAAACUUCUCCCACCUCUUUGCAAACUCCUCCACUCAAUUCCACGACUACGCCACCGCGCUUCUCAAAAUUCUCUACUGUUUCCGCGGCUACUCAACCGCAAACCAAGUUCUCUCCUCCAUUCGAAAUCCCAUUCCUACUCUCCGUACCGCAGCCCCUAUUGCGCUUUCUCUCGUCUUGGCAGCCUACAUUCUCGCCAACAUUGCAUAUUUCCUCGUCGUCGAACUCGACGAUUUUCGUUCUGCGGGAGUAGUAGUUGCAGGACAUUUCUUCCGAAACAUUUUCGGCAAAGUAGUCGGCGAAAAUGUGUUACCUGUCGCUGUGGUCGUAUCAGCUUUUGGAAAUAUCGCCGCAACGAGUUUUGCACAGGCGAGAGUUAAUCAGGAACUGGGACGAGAUAGACUUCUACCUUUUUCUAAGUUUUUCUCGGGAAAAGAAGGGGAAACCCCGAUUCCGGGAUUAUUUCUUCGUUGGUUUGUCAGUGUUUUGGUUAUUGUCGUGCCUCCACCGGGAGAAACAUAUGACUUCCUCGUGGAUAUUGGUGGACAUCCUGUUUCGAUCAUCUCGGUUGCGAUUAGUGGGGGGUUGUUGUAUUUGCAACUUACCCCAGCUGAGAAUUAUCAACCGCCUUUUAAGGCAAAGAAAGUUUAUAUUGUGGUUUUUAUGCUGAGUAAUUGUUUGCUGUUGAUUUUACCAUGGAUUAAACCGGCGGAGGAGAAGGGAGAUGAAAGGUUUCCUUGUUAUGCGGAUCCGGUGACUGCUUUGGCGAUAUUGAGGAGUGGGGUGGUUUAUUGGGGAUAUUGGAGAAUGAGGGGGAUAUGGAUGAGAGGGGGGAGAGAGGGGGUGAAAAAAGUGGAGAAAGAUGAUUGGAGGGAGGGAAAGAAGGAUGAUGGUGUGGAUAAGAGUAUGAGAGAGAAGUUGGAGAUCAAGGAGAGUGAGAAUGCGACGGGUUCGGGUUGUGCGUGUAAUUGCGCGUGUACGACGAAGAGGAAUGUGGUUAAGCCUGGGGAUAGUGAAGAGGCUUGA